UCGACUGCAAGUCAAAAGAGAAAACGAACAGAUCCACGUCGUUUAGCUUCCGGCAAACAUUUCAGACAAGUUAGAAGAAAAUUCUGAUUAAUUUAGUAAAGAAAACAGAUUUGUGAUUGCCAUGGGGCUUUGCAAAUGCCCGAAGAAGAAAGUGACAAACUUGUUUUGUUUCGAACACAGAGUGAAUGUCUGUGAAAACUGCUUAGUCGCAAAUCAUCAAAAGUGUAUAAUAAAGUCGUAUCUACAAUGGUUACAAGACAGUGACUACACUCCUGUAUGUGUUCUGUGUGAUAAGAAUCUGUCUGAUGAAAGUUGUGGAGAAUGUGUAAGACUGACAUGUUAUGAUGUUUUUCACUGGUAUUGUUUAAACAAAUAUGCCCAACAGUUGCCAUCCAACACAGCACCAGCUGGUUACACUUGCCCGUGUUGUAAAGCUGGAAUAUUCCCUGCACAGAAUGUGGUGUCACCUGUAGCUGAACAACUGAAAGAGCAUCUGUCUAAAGUUAAUUGGGCUAGAUCUGGAUUAGGGUUACCUUUGAUAGAAGAAACAGAGGCUCCAGUGCAACCAAAGUUUGAAGAGACCAAGAUCACACAUGAUACUUUUGUAAAGAAAGAAUAUGCACAGACCACAUCCUCCAGUCCAAAAACAACACCCAAUCAUACACGUCCCAGUGCUCAUGUAGCGCCAACAGUCAAUUCAACACAUAGCGUUAUAAGUGUAGAUACUGGCACAUCAGUUAGAGGCUCUGAUAAAGCUUAUGGAGUAGUAGAUCCAAGAAAAGUCUUUGACACAACAAAAGAUGAUUAUUUAAAUCUAUCAAGUGACCACGAUGACAACAAAUACAGAAGAAGAUCAGCCAUGGAAUGGUUAAAGAAUUGGUUGAAAUCAAGGGAUGUUAAAGGAAAGAAGAAAGAUCCAGCAGCAGUGAGGAAGAAAUUCUUUUUAGUUUUAUUACUUGGACUUAUAGGUUUUAUAACUGUGAUUAUCAUAUUCCAUAGACUAGGCAGAGAGGGAUCAGACGAUGAUCCUUUGUUAGAUAUGAUGGCUAACCCAAACAUUAGAGUUAAUGAAAAUAGAGUGUUAGGAGACUAAAUUUGUUAUAAUUGAAUUAUUUAUAUGUUUUUUUGUUUUGGAACAUAGAUGCUAGGUGCAUAGACCCCCUGUUUUUGGUUACUACUGGCAGGGGCGGAUCCAGCCAUUUUAAAAAGGAGGGUUCCUAACCCAGGACAAAGGGGGGAGGGGGUCCAAUUACAUGACUCCAUUCAAAUGCAUUGAUUGUCCAAAAAAAGGGGGGUUCCAACCCCGGACCCCCCCCUCCUGAAUCCGCGUCUGACCGGUAUUUUUUUAAGUUUAUUUUUGUUUAAAUCUAUUUCACUUAUCUAAUGUGUUCUUGGGCUGACCCAUACAGUAUUAAAAGAAAAUUAAGAAGAGAGAGGCAAAAUAUAUUAUCUUUUGUAACUGUUAUGUCGUAUGGAUAAGAGUAAGAACAUAUUAAAAAAGGUCAAGUAAAAUUGUAAACUGAGUAAAGAAGAUUUAGUGAACAAAAAAUAAACAUCAGAAAAGGGGAGAUCCAUGCAUCAAGCACCUUUGAUUGGAUGUAACUUUUUGUUAUACAUGUUAACCUGUUAUAUUUGUGGUGCAUAUUUAUGGUAAUUUAUUAAGAUGCUUUGUUACUAGAUUAUGAUGGAGGUUGUACUUUCCACAAGGAUAUUCACACAGAAAAUGUAAUCAAAACUGGGAAUAUAAAUACAGUUUAUUAAAUAUAACUGCAAUUUUCAAGAUAUACAUCAGACUUUCAUUUUUCAUAUUCAAAUCAAAAGCAUGAUGUGUAUAUAGAGAUAGGAAAAGGGCAAGUCAAAGACUGGCUGAUUCGUUGCCUUGUGUUCUUUUAAAAGUAAAUAAAUUGCUGGAGGACCAUUUACUGCAUCCACAAGAAAAAUAUACAUGUAUGCUCUACAGAAGGUGAUUGAUCUGUGCUUAGAUCUAGAGCUUAACAGAAUCAACUUUAUGGUGAACUUUUUAGUUUAACAAAAUCUGCUUCACUGGGAACUGUGGAAAUUAAAAUAUUUAUAUUUUGGUGAAUUCAGAGCUAAAUAGUCUGUUUUUAGGACACAAACUGUUUAAAUGUAUAAGCAUAUAUAAUUGCAACUUUAAAUUGUAUCAUCAAUAGUAUUUAACAUUUAUUAUAUAUUGGUCACAUACUUUACAAAACAUUGCCUCAUGUUAUUUCAUUAUCACAUAAAUGAUUAUGGACAAAAAGCUUUCUGUCGUAAACAACUUAUCAUGACAGUUAGCGCAGACAAGAUGUUAUCAGUGGUUAUGUUGGCAAAUUUGUGGAAAUAAAAUUUUAAGUAGCUGAUGUUAAGAUUUCAAUUUAAUAGGGCAAAAAGUGUAGAUGUCUAAUAAAUGAAAAACAAAAGAUUUAGAUAUCAUUACUCAUGUUUGAAUAAAAGACUCACCAAUCGAGGAUUGAAAAUUGAUAGAUAACAUUUUACCUAUUAUCUUCUCAUUGCACUUUUGUUUUUUGUUUAAAUCUAAUUUUAAGAUAAAACAGUAUUUAAAAUAAUUGUUCAAAAAUUAGAGAGAUUUUUUAUACAAAAUCUACAUGUUAUUUGUGUUUAUCUGUACUUUUCAAGCCUUUCUAAUUUAAUCACAGCAGAAAUAAAAGUUAAGUAUAUGUUUUUUUCCUCUUUCAUUAUCGACUGAUAAUUGGUGUCAGACAAAGUGUUUAUCUAAAUAUUGAAGUUAUUUAAAUGAAUUUUUGUAGAGUGGUAGCUAUUUUCAAAAUUAUAUAACUGCAUGGCAUGUCAUGAUAAUAUCUGUUUUGUAGAUCAUUGUAGAAGAUAUUCCAUUCAUUUGCACAUAGCAAACAGAACAUUAAAUUAGUUUUUGGAGGAAAUUUCUAUGUGAGAGUAAGUUUAGUUUUUGGAGGAAAUUUCUAUGCGAGAGUCACAAGUCCAUAAAAAUUUGAUUUUGUCUAAAUUGUGGUCAUCAACUUUAUACUUAAUUUGGCCUGUUUAACAUUUUUAAUUUCAAGCUUCAGUGAUGAGUUUUUUUAAGACGAAACAUGCGCCUGGCACAAAUAUAAAAUUUUAAUCCUGCUAUCUAUGAUGAGUUUAGAUUUAUUUAUAACAACAUGCAUUGACAUUUUAUGAUUGGAAGAAUACAUGCAAUUCUCUAACUUUAAUAUUUCACCAUUUGUUUGAACUGAUACAACAAUAGUAGUGGCAAACUAUGCAUGGGGGCACAAUGGGGACCAAAGCUAAAUUGUAUAUAUAGUGCUUAUAAAACCGUUAUAAUAUUGACACAAUUCAUUUGCUAACAUUUCUCAAAAUCAUAAAAUAUCAUAAUUAUACAGUAUUAUACAAUCUGUUAUCACUUGAAAUACAUGUAAGCAUUAACAUAUAAAUAAUGAUUGGUAUUGAACUGGAGGAGAAAAACAAAAAAUAUUUUUAUGAAAUUUUUAAUUAAUUAUUUAUUCACAGGAAUAUUUGUCAUGUAACACUUGUGUGUUUAAGGUAAUCAUUUUCUUUGAUUCUUCUAAAAUUUUUGUGCAUACAUACAUACCCUUAACUUUUAUCAUGUUUUUAUUCCAGCAAUGUUUAAGUUUUAUUUUGACAAAAUUUCUUUUAACUGUACCUGAUAUGUAUCAACAAGUUGCCUUUAAAAAUAUAAUUUUAUGAUUUAUAUUCUCAUAAUGGAGAAGUAAGAUAAUGCCUCAUAGAAUUCUGAAGUUUAAAAAAGGUAAAAGUAUUACAUAUACCACACUAUUUACGAGUUAACAUAUUUAAAUGACGAAUCUGCAGGAUGAGUUCGUUUAAAUAUGUUAAUGAGUAAUAUGUGGUACAUACAUGUAUGUUUUGUAACAUCAUUUAAAAGUGACAGGGUGAUUUUUAUUCAAUAUAAAGCAGUGGGAGUGUUGUUCUAGCCCCCUGCUUAGCAUGUGCAAGAGAAAAUCAAUCCAGUCAUUUUUUUCAAACUUUAUAUUAAACCAUGGUUUUUCAGAAACUGAACUAUUAAGCAGAUUAUCACGUAAAAACUUCAAGGGAAAAAAGCCCUAUUAUGUUACAAUAUCUAACAAAUAACUUUCUUCAGAUGCUCUCUAGACUUUAAGUCUGUCAGAUAUGAGCAAUUCUAUUUAUGAAUUUUGCAGUACAUAUUUGCUCUAUGACUUCAGACUUCUUGCUUCAAACGAAAAUUGCAUCAACUGGCAUAAUAACCUAGUUUUGAGAGCUUGUCAUAGUAAAUUAUAAUAUUUCAAUUUUCAAUAUCAGCCAUGUUUUUUUCUUCAAAAAAGGUAUUUGGUGUAAAAGAUAUUUAAUACACAAUUGUUAAUGUGGAUCUUUUAUUUUGCCCAAUGACUAUAACUACGAACAUAAUCUCUUUAAAAUGUUCAUGAUUUCAGUGACAUCAAUACUGACAUCUGGAAAUUGACACAAUUUUGAAAGGAUACAUUGAAGAAUUUGUCUAUCUUACUUUUUAUGGGGGAGAAAUUAUGGUCACCAUGCCUUCUACUCGUUUUGAGUUACAUGUACUUCUUUUUUUUUUACAAUAUUUAAAUGCUUAUUGUUAUGAAUAAAGAUCUUUAUAAAUGUCUUAA